AUGACCGUCAUUGCAGACCCACAAUUUGAACAUGACUAUGAGCACAUGCAGAGGGUGGACACAGCAAUGACAGUACCCCACCUCAGUAGUGGGCCGAGAGACUCCUUGAAGACAGUGUCCAGUUUGAAGGCGUUGCGGCAACAGGAGGAGAUCCUCGAGGCCCAGCAUGCUGCUGCCUCCCAUCUCCGCAGCAAUUCGGAUCCUCGAUCGGCUGCCACCUUUGAUGGAAUCAUCUAUCGCGAUGACUCCCCGGCGUCGAUACUAGAUGAGCUUGCUUCUCCGGACCAUCUCAGUAGGGCCGACCCUACCAGCUCAGCAUUCGCAACCGCUAGAGCUACGGAAUUAAGCGAGGAGGCCGCCGCUAUGUACGGCUCCGCACGCCCAGAAGAGGACCCUCACGUAUCGGCUAGAUGGCCGGCGGCCCCCACGACCGUGUCUGAUCUAAAUCUGAACAAUAUCCCAGAGGUCUAUCAUCGAGCCCUUCACGCUGUUGAAAAGCACGGUUACCGAACCCUCAAGUGGAGCGAGGGUUGGACUGCUCUGCACUGGGCUGCCCAGAAGAACCAUUAUCGGAUAUGUCAGUACCUCCUGUACAAGGGGGCGGACCCGAAUGCCCCCGACAAUAGAGGAAGAACCCCAGUCGAAGUCGCUAGGAAUGUUGGUAACAGGAAGAUAGUACAAUUAUUCGAUCGUCACAGAGAAGCCCACGCGUUAGAUGAGAGCAAUGGAGAAAGUGUUUAUAGAGAUGUUCCUGAGCAAUUCGCAGAGGCGUUGAGAGCAGUAGAUGCCCAUGGAUGGCAGGCCUUGAGGUGGGCUGAUGGUUGGACGGCACUGCACUGGGCGGCUCAGGAGGGCCGCGCCGACAUAGUAGUGGUGGAGAGUCUUUGUGGUCCCCCCUUCUGA